UCCUUCGGCGGUAGAGUAAUUGUGGGCAUUGUAUUAGCUUGCUAUGCCUCCGUAGCUUCACACAUGAAUAAUAUCCUCUUAGAGUCAGAGAUCCUGGACUGUUUCUGUCUCUUCAGGCUCCUCUCUCUCUCACGUGUUGAAGCCGAGGCCCCCUUCCGAGCAAAAUGGCCGACCUGCUUCUCCUCCGGGUCAGGCUGCUCUCUGAGUCUGCGUGCCCAUCCAAACAAGAAUACUAAUCAACUGCAGCCCGACAGGAUUGCACAGCGGAUGAGGGAGCUCGUCUUGUGGCUAAAAUGACAUUCAGCCGGUUAUUAUCUCGAACAGUGCUUGUCAGCAAAGUUGGAACCAGGUCUGCGUUCACAGCCUCCAAGCCAGACACCGUCAACCCCAACUGGCUGAGAGUGGGGCUUGCCUUCGGGACGUCCGCUUUCCUCUGGGGGCUGCUCUUCAAGCAGCACAGUACAGACGUACAUGAAUACAAAGUGAGGAAUGGCCUGGAAUGAACCACCACACAGGAGGACGGCAGUUCCACUCGGAGGUCAACCCUCCUUGUAGUAUGCAGCUCUUUCUCCCUUUGUUUCAAUUUUCUUUGUGUCUGUUCACCAAGUUCUGUCUAAAAUAAAGAUGCUACCAAAUAUCACA